UUGCUAGUGUCUUACAUGCCGCUAGCUCGCAUCUCGCGCGCCCGAGUUUUGAUUGCAGGGGGGUCGUAGCGACGCGCAGACCGCUGCGUCAACAAGACAGCAUUGUCACAGCAAGCCGUAGCGCUGCGUCGACGCCCUGCGCCGCGACACGCCGCAGGAGCUCCGCUGAGCCAGCAGAUUUCAAAAUCCAUCUCACACCUGGCCGCGCCGGCGCCGCGCCUGAUACCGGAUAGUCAUGGCAGCACAGCUCGCGCGUCUCACGGCGCCCUUCGACGCCAAAACGAGCCACAAGUACAGCGUCGCGCCGGGCCAGCGCAGCUACGUCCAGCAGUACUCGCACGUCUACAACAAGAGAGCAGCCGCUUUACGGGGCGAAUUGGAAAAGGCGGCCCGGAAAGCUUUCCCCGGUAUUAAGAUAGUGGGCCGCGUCGUCCAGGCCGCCGAGGCCAAGGGCGACCAGAGGCUCGUCGUCCUCGGAACGACGUUCAAGGCGUGCUCGCAGCGGCCCGACGUCAUCGAGGGCAAUAGGGAGUUGUUCGGCGCCAAGGCGGCGCCUCCCUCUUCGCUAGCGGCGCCGGACGACGAAAUUGUAUUGGAGGACGAGAGCGGCCGCCUCAAACUGCUGAAAGUCGAUUCAAGGACGCUCGUGACGGGCCUGCCCGUCGCCUGUGUAGGAAAGAACACUCAAACAGGCUUCGAGGUCGAGCGUUUGGUCGGAUGCGGCUUCCGAAAGCCUCAGUCGAGUCCGAUGGAGAGCGACGGCGCCAAGGUGUUGUUGAUCGGUGGUCUAGCCUAUAGCGGUGAGGACCGCGCCACGGAGCUCAAGGCCAUGGCGCGCUUCGCGCUCUUGACGGACUGGCUCGGGGGCCGGCUUUCUGAUGAUGACGAGUUCACGAGAAGCGUCGCGCGCUGCUUCUGUGUUGGGGAUGUCGUCUGCCUCGAUCCGGCGGCGGCCAAAGGUAGGGAGCGCACAGCGCGCGCUUUGGACAACAAGAACGGCGACACGGAGGACAAGCACACGGUCCUCGCGCCGGUGCGCGCCGCCGACGUGCGACUUGCUAGACUAGCUUCCCUCCUCCCGACGGCUUGCUUACCGGGGGCCCGCGACCCGACGUCCUUCGCGCUGCCGCAGCAGCCCUUACACCCGCUGCUACUCCCGGAGGCGAACCGCUACUCGACCUUUACCUCGCUGACCAACCCCUGCGAAUCAACCGUCGGCGGCCGUGCUCUGUUAGCGCACGCGGGCCAGCCCGUCACCGACUUUUUGAGGUCGGCGUCCUACGAGCAAGGCGGCGCCGAGCGAGUAAUGGGGGACGGCGCGAAAUGUAAAGAACGCCACGUCGACGGCGAUAGUGAUGAUGCCUUCCUCGCCUGCUUGGAAGACACGCUCUGGUGGCGCCAUGCCGCGCCCACCGCGCCCGAUACUUUACCGUCGUAUCCCUUCAAGGACGGCGAUCCCUUUGUGCUUGAGGACCCGCCCGACAUUCUUAUUAGUGGCGCCGCGCCGGCCUUCGCCACGUCCCUCGCUUCCACGAAAGCGGGCGAGGCCUGCGCGCGCCUGGUGUGCCUGCCGUCCUUCGCGGAGACGGGCGUCUGCGCCGUUUUAGAUCUGGAGACGCUCGCCGUCGAGCGGCUCUGCUUCGACGACGGCAUGGACGAGGACCCGCCUAUACCGCCGGCGUCGGCCUAGGUAGGCGUCGGUCGGCUUAACUUAGUACAUCCGUGCUCUC